CUGACGGCAGGAAGAAUAGUUUUUAUCGCCGUUCUCAGUUCACCGAGAAGAGGCUGAAGAGGAGUAAUUUUAAGAGGAAGCCGAUGACGAAGAAGUCGUCAUGGAUAACUUCGGCUUCGAGGCUGACAGAGACAUUGGUGUGUGGACUAUAAAUAGCUGCCCCGCUCCAAUUGUGAUGGAAAGGCAAGCCAGGAAGUAAUCGGGGAGGUGCAAACUUGAAGUUUCAGGAGUGCCGGAAACUCGACGGGAGGUUGGAUCGAGGUGGGCUCUUUCUUUAUUUAUUUGGAGUUAUAAAAAUGGAUGAAGCACAAGAAUUAGAGUGGCUUGAAGCUCAAAAUAUCGUAAUUAGUCGAGAUCUGGUUGCAAUCGCCAAAGAACAACUGCUGUUUCUCGAGGCAGUCGAUAGAAAUCGGUGUCUCUAUGAUGGUCCUGUUUUGGAGAGAGCCAUCCACAGGUACAAGAAUUACUGGCUUCCAUUGCUUGCGAAGCAUAAUCAGUCCAAGCUCACGGGAGGCCCAUUAGUUGUUCCUCUUGAUUGUGAAUGGGUUUGGCACUGUCACAGGCUUAAUCCAGUGCGUUACAAAUCCGACUGUGAACGAUUCUAUGGAAGUAUCCUUGACAAUCAUGAUGUACUGUCCACUGUAAAAGGGACUUCCAAACAAGAAACUGCAGUGCUUUGGAACAAUUUGUAUCCAAAUGAACCAUAUGAGCUUGAUUUCUGCUACAAGUCCACAGAAGAUAAUGCUGAAGCAGUUCCUGCUGCUGUUGCUUCCAUUACGUAUGAUCUUGUUUCUGCUGUUAAGAGGCAGAGCACUUUUGGAUAUCAGGUAACUAGACCUUGCAUGCAUGAUGUCCGAUUUCUUCAAGAAGCUGUAGCCAGGUACAAGGGUUUUCUGCAUCUGAUUAAGAGAAACAAGGAAAGGUCUAUCCAGCAGUUCUGUGUACCAACUUAUGAUAUUGAUUUGAUAUGGCAUUCACACCAACUUCAGCCAGCUUGUUACAACAAAGACCUGAUUCAAGUGGUUGGGAGGGUGUUGGAACAUGAUGAUACAGAUUCUGAUCGGUCCAAAGGCAAGAAACUUGAUGUUGGGUUUUCUAGUACCACUAAGCAGUGGGAAGAGACAUUUGGCAGGAGGUAUUGGAGGGCUGGUGCAAUGCACAGAGGCAAUUCUCCAUCUCCAGUGGUAGUCAAUCCUAUAUCGCAUGCUGAUGAAAAAGUGCUUGUAUCUUGCAAACAUGACAAAGUCUUUGAUCUUACAAGGGUUGAAACUAUUCAGGUGUAUUUGCAGUUUGUGAGGAUAAAAAAUUUUACAGCAGAUCCUAAGGGCUCAUUAUUUGUCAAUUGCAGUAAAAAGCAGCCUGACAUUUUUUUCGGUUCUCGUAAAAGAAUAAGCAUUGAAUCUGAAGUUGGCAAGAAGCACACGGUUUCUUUCCAGUGUGAACCUACAGGAGAACUUGUGUUUGAGCUCGUAUCUUGUACAUCUUCAAAUUUACACCUGAGCAGGCAGCUAAAGACCAUUGGAACAACCUCUUUGUCUCUGGAGGAUUUGGUUAAGUCACCUGCAUUAUCUGCGGAGAGAUGGUUUGAAUUGGCAAGUGAUCUACUUUCAGAUCCUGAACCCAUUUACUUACAUAUUGCAGUCUCUGUCACAGUUCCUACUUUCGCACCAUUUGCCUUUCAUGUGUCCCCAUCUCGUCAAUAUGCAUUAAACUCUUGUCUACAUCCACUUUUGGGAAGAAUUCAACAGCUCAAGCGAUGGACUCGUUUUGUAGAUGCUAAGGGGAGUGAGGUUAUUAGCAUGCAGAUGAGGAACUUUAACAAAACAGAGGUGGAUAAUAGCUGUUCCUUGAGAAGAGGAAUAGUUGGUGUGUCAGGAUGCUCCGAGCAAGAAAAGGUCCUCGCUAAGGAGUUCAUUGAACAUGGCGGCCUCACAAAAUGGCUGUUCAGUGACUCUGAUUGGUGCCUUCAGCUGGAGAAGAAAAAAGGUGUUGAUGGUUAUCUUAUUGAGUUUCAAGGUCAUGGAUUGGUUAAGUUCUUCCUUGGUAGGAAGCUAGAUUUUGAGCUGGAGUAUUAUAAGAAACAGAAAAGUGAACAAGAUUUCAUAACGAUAGUGGAAUUCUCUUCAGAAUAUCCAUAUGGCAAAGCCUUGGCGCUGUUCAACCUGAAAUCUGGCUUUCUCAAGAUCAAUCAAGACUGGUUUGUCUUCCCUGGGCUUGUUCUUGCCUUCAUACUUUCAGAUACUUUGAGAAAGGAUGGAAAGCUCAAAUUUAUCACCAAUGGGAUCGCCAACGGCAGCACUUUGGAAUCUUUGGCAUCGGAAGGGACAAUAAUUUCUGAUCUCGGAAAGAAGUAUGAUGGUACCUAUGGCAAAGAGAAUGUCGUCAAAAGUGGAGCAUGCAGUGGUGGUUGCAGUGGCAGUUGUGGUUCUGCAUGCAAUACUGCAGUAACUAUCACAACAUGCGGUGCAAACUGUAGUGGAGAGUGUGGUGUUGCCCAAAAGAAUGGUCUAGAAUUUCAGGGAUAUGUCAUUAUUGGGAAUGGCAGCGGCAAGUGUAGCGGUAAAUGUGGUGGUGGCGGCUGUGGUGGCGGCAAAUGUGGUGGUGGUUGUCGUAACAGUGAUGUGCUUGAGAAUAUUGGCCAUGGUGGAUGUGGUGGAGGUGGCUGCAGUGGGGGCUGUGGUGAAUGUGCUGCAGGCGGCUGGAGUGGGAACUGUACUGAUGAUGUCAAAAACAAGGAUGCACCUGCUGCUGGAGCCAUAGCAUGAUACAGCUGAACUUCAUCGGGUGACUUGCUGCAUCUAGUUAGGAGAAAGAAUGAUGUUGCAUGGGAGGAGUUGGUGUUAUACAGUUCAAUUUGGUGUGAGACCUGGCUUGAAAUAUUAGAAGUGUGUUUGAACCUCAGGUACCAAUAGAAAGUAAAUAAAGCUUGUGAUAUUUAUAUUUCAUGAUAAUAUGAGUAGCAGACAGAAAUAGUGGACGAGCUGUUCUGUUCUGGCUGUUUCACUAGUGAAAAGUUGGUAUUAAAUGCUCUCCCAAUCUUGUUUACCUGAUGAUCCAAUGUGUACGGUUGCAGUAAUAAAAUUUGUUCUUGUGAGAGAGAGAGAGGAUUUUAUUGACAA